UUGAUGACUUUCUUCGUUCCGAUCGAUGGCGUUCUCUCCAUUCUUCGCGACUGUCAUCUUCUCAAGCGUCUAUUUGAAACCCUAAUUCAAGAAUUGUAAAUUUAAUCUCUCUUUUUUAGGGGCCCUAAUUUUUGAAAUUCAUCGACGAAUUAUCGUUCUUUUUAUGAUUGGUUGAUUAAUCGGAUGGGCACUGGCAGUGACUCGGCGACCUCACUCGCUCCUGGGUUCCGAUUCCAUCCAACCGAUGAGGAACUCGUCCGAUACUACCUGAAGCGCAAGGUCUGCAACAAACCCUUCCGCUUCGACCCAAUCUCCGUCGUCGACAUCUAUAGAUCUGAGCCCUGGGACCUUCCAAGUAGGUCGAAGCUGAAGAGCAGAGAUUUGGAGUGGUAUUUCUUUAGUGCGUUGGACAAGAAAUAUGGGAACGGUUCGAGGACGAAUCGGGCUACAGAGAAAGGCUAUUGGAAGACCACCGGCAAGGACCGGCCGGUUCGCUGGAAUACCAAGACUGUCGGUAUGAAGAAAACCCUCGUAUACCAUCUAGGCCGAGCUCCCCGUGGUGAGCGCAGCAAUUGGAUCAUGCACGAGUAUCGCCUUACUGAUGAAGAUCUGGAAAAGGCUGGGAUAACCCAGGAUGCAUAUGUUUUGUGUAGGAUAUUUCAGAAGAGUGGCUCGGGUCCAAAGAAUGGGGAGCAAUACGGAGCGCCUUUUGUUGAGGAGGAAUGGGAGGAGGAUGAGGAGGUGACCUUACUUGCUGAGAAAGCCGUGGCAGCUGCUGAUGAGGUUGGUUUUGGCUAUGGUUCCCCUGUGGAUGCUGAUAACCUGGAACAGAAUGAAAAUGGUGUAUUUUUUGAGGAGCCUGCUUGCCCACCAGACUUCUAUUAUGAAGAUACAAGUAACAAUAUUGACAAUUUGGGGGGAUUCAUUGAAAACGACCAGAACCCCAUGAUAGGCAAUGGUGGAUUGCAGUAUCGUCAAGUUUCCGGCAAUGACAAUAACUUUCCACCUGAGCAAUUUGAGAUUGAUACAAAGCCCGUCAAAGAUGAAUAUUUUGCUGCUGAAACAAGCAAUAAUGGGAAUCCUAAUGAUUUCAAUUACUUGGUUUCUGGACCAUACAUAGAUGCUACGAGUCGUCAUCCUUCACUUGGUGAUGGAUUCUACCUGGAUGCUAAUGAUCUUUCAAAUUCUGUUGAGGCAGAUGCUGGAGGUUUUGAAAUGGUUGAUGAGUACCUCAACUAUUUCGAUGCUGAAAAUGAAAACUUGCUUUUUGAUCCUUCAGAAUUUCUGGAAAGUGAGAGCAUUCCUUAUGACCAGGUUCAUCAAAGUGUAAAGGAUAUCUGCAAAGCUAGUGAGGACACACUCAAGCAAAGCCAAGAUCAACUGGAAACACUUGGAAAUGCUGAUGCUUCUUCCUCGAAACAGAAGCAUGAAGAUACUAAACAAUUUGAGCCAGAAGUGGACUAUCCAUUCAUUCAAAAGGCCAGUCACCUAUUGGGAGGCAUUUCUGCUCUUCCUGCAUUUGCUUCUGAGUUGUCUUUGAAGGAUGCAGCUCUCCGCCUGAAUUCAGCUUCAUCAUCUUCCAGUUCAGUUAGGGUUACUGCUGGUAUAAUCAGAAUAGAGGAUAUGACUUGGUCAUCUGGAAAGAAUGGAAACCUCAGCAUCAUCCUUUCUAUUGGCAUUUCGCAAGGAAAUAUUAGUCCUGACAGUUUGGUGCCAAUGGGUAACUUAGUGUCAGGGAAGACAGGAUCUGCGACAUCGUGGAGCUGGUUCUUCUUGAUGUUAUUUUGGAUCCUGCUUCUUGGAGUGAGUUUUAAAGUUGGAACCCAUAUUUGUGCCAAUUGAUACUUCAUCAAUAAUGUGGGUGAUUAGUUACCCCAAAAAAAUAUGGGCUCUAGGUAUUUUAUGAGGUCAGCUACUGGUUGAACGCUCAAUAGGUUUACUAGGACAACAUGUUACUCAAUAUCCUUCCGUUCAUUUUGUUAGUGUUAGCCAUGCUGACUUCCUCACUGGUCCAUAUAUAUACAUAUGAUAAGACUUUAUUUGUAUGAUUUCCUUUGUCAUCAAGUCUUGCUUAGAAGUAAACUGAUGUUGAUCAAUGCAUGUGGGGGCAUUUCAGCAAACCAUUGAUGCCUUUUGUGGCAUGGCAUUGGAUACCAUCUAGUCUUUCGUUAGAAGCACAGUUCUUAAUGAUGAGGAAGGAAUUGCAUUGCAUCUGAAUA